ACCCCACCCGCAGCUGGGCGUUCCUUCCAAGCGGCGGGAGAAGCUCUGUUUUUUUUUUUUUUUUAAUCCCCGCCAUGGCUGCUUUGCAGUUCCUGCUGAUGAUCCCGGCCUUGGGCAAUUUCCUUUUCACCUUCGGGACCGGCGUGGAGCUGAUCCGUUUUAUUUCCUUCCGUGCCGUCUUUUUGCAGCUUCCCGCGGGGGCUGCGUCUCCUCCCCACGGGACCGGCGUGAAUCCAGAUGACACCUCAAAUCCUCAGUGGAAAACUGCCCUAAGGGAUCCCAAGAUUCUGCACUCACUCACAGUGGAUGUGGGCCUGAUCGUCCUUUUUAUCCUGCAGCACAGCCUGAUGGCUUCUGAUCGUGUCAAACACUGGACCUGCAACUGCUUUGGGGUCUUGCAGAGAACGGUCUAUGUUUUUUGCACAGGCUUAUCCCUUCAGUUGCUGAUGAGAUACUGGCAGCCAGUACAGGAUGGUCCUAUGCUCUGGAACACAAACUCUGAGCCAUGGACCACUUGGGUUCCACUCAUCUGCUUUAUCCUCCAUUUCAUCUCCUGGCUAAUCAUCUUUAGCAUCAUUCUCAUCUUUGAUUAUGCAGAACUGAUGGGAGUCAAGCAGGUUUAUUACUACUGCUUGGGCAUGGGAGACCCUUUGGCUGUGAAGUCUUCACGGGCCCUCCGUCUCUACGCCCACCUUCGUCAUCCAUUGUACGUGGAGUUUCUCCUUAUCCUCUGGGCUGUUCCCUGCCUCUCCCUUGACCGCCUGCUUCUGGCCUCCCUCUUCACGGUCUAUCUUACCUGUGCUCACAGCUUGGAUGAACAGGAUUACCUCUACCUCCGUGCCCAGCUGGACAAGAAGUUCCAAAUCUUCUCCCGGGAAGAGGCAGCUUAUGGGGGCUUGUUGGCUCAAAAUGGCCCCUCAGACUACAAGGACAACUGAGUAAGGGCGGGAUAGGUACCGGUUUUGGUUGCAGGGGUGGGUCUGACUUUUGUGGCGGUCUGCCUGCCAGGUCCGUGCUUGCAAAGCACUGACUAAUACGCCAUAUCUUAUCUUGAUUGUGCUUUUACAUAAAAAGGCCUUGCAGAACUACCUCCCAAGAAUUUGUUAUCUACUGGACCCAGUCUCUUGUAACUCCCUAAAAGAAUCUUUCCUAAGCUAGUGUUCUCCAUUGUUAUGGACUUCAUUGUCCUCAACAGCAGUAUUAGAUAAAGAUGUUAGGGAUUUUAGUCUCCACACAUUUUGGAGAAUGUCAAAUUGGGAUAGUCUGGACAAACACACUAAGUUUUACUCAUAUUGUAGAUCAUGUAAUGGAGGUGCUGUUUAGGAUCUUAUUGGAGAAUAAGAUCCUGUUUAGGAUUUUAUUGGAAUAACCGAUGGGUUGAUCCCAUCUUAGAAUAUUAAGGAGAUCCUUUUUGAUCAUGAAUGUUUCUCUUACUCUGAGAAUCCUUAAUACUGGUUGAAAUCUAGCUAUAAUUGGCCAUUUUCAUGGCAGCCUCUAGAUUGGAUGGUUGUGCGGAGAGCAAAGCAGUUGGUUAAACAAAUGUCCAACUCUGGAAAAGAGGCAUCUCUAGAAUAUGUUUUCAAAAGCAUAGCAACCCCUUCUGAGUUAAAAAAAAAAUGGGGGGAAGUGACUGCUCUUUAGCUCUUUAAUGGCCUGCUUUGACUAACAGAAUGUUUAAAAGGGUCCUUUUAAAAUUAAUAGCAUGUUUUUAUUUAUUUCAAAGGAGCUUUUACUGACCUCUUGCCACAAUUUUUAAUCAUAGCAUUUUAACCUCAACAUGCAAAUACUUAAAGAAAUAUUAGCAGCCAAGUGCACUUAUUUGGAGGAAUAUGUUAUAAGGGGAUUGUAGAUUUCUUCAAUGUGAUUUAUGAGUAUACAGUAUGUGUGUGAUGGUUUAAGCCGCUUAAUUACUGUUGCAAAGGUGCCUUGUUUCUGAGGUGAAAACUUCCUUGGAUCAUAGAAGAAAAAACAGAAAUCAAAAAGCUUUCAGUCCAAAUGCUAAUACUAACAUCUUAGUAUUAGAUUUUCCUAAGGGAUUACCAAAUCUUUCACUUGUAUUGUUCUUUUAAAAGAUUAUCUUGAUUAAUAGAAACAUUGCCCAUGUUAAAGUUCUCAGAUACAGCUAUCCUUGUUAUUUCCCAGCAUGCUAGCUGGGAAAUUCUGGGAAUUGAAAUCUAGACAUCAAGUUGCCAUGGUUGAGAAAUGUUUCUAUAAAUCAUUGGAUUAUGGCUCCCCUCCUCCCUCAUCAUCAUGUCAUAGAGCCAUGAUGGCAAACCUAUGGCACGUGUGCCACAGGUGGCACACGUAGCCAUAUCAGUGGGCAUGCAAGCUCAGCUCUGGCACAUGCCAACUAAUUUUCAGGCCUUCUGGGCCCACCAGAAGUAGGGAAACAGGUUGUUUCCUGCCUCUGGAGGGCCUCGAAUGGGUGGUGGGGAAGGCCGGUUUUUCUCUCUCACCUAGCUCCAGAGCCUUUCUAGGAGCCUGGGGAGGGCGAACGGCCUUUCCCACCCCCCCCAGAGGCCCUCCAGAGGCCAGAAACGGCCCAUUUACCAACUUCCGGUCCCAUAGAAUUAUAAGGUUAGCCAUCACUAUCAUAGAGUCACAUCUGGGAGCCAUCCAGCAGCAUCAAUAGGGAAGGUCAAAAAAGCUAAGCCCUUUUGUAUAAAGAUGUAGAAAGGGACAGGACUUUUAUCAUAAUGCCCUAUGGAAAUCUUGAACUCCACCCCAUAGGAGGCCACUGUGGGCACCAGUUUGGGGAAGUUGUGGGCAAUGGAAGACCUGCACUUUUAACUGAUUAGCAGAAAAACCCUUCCAACUUCCUUUACGGGACAUUACAAUGGAACAUAUUUUUUAUUAUAAACUGUACAGAUGUGAUGAAUAAAUAAAAUAAACAUGUUCCAUCGCUCUAGGAGUAAAAUGUCUGAUUCCUCCUGUCUAUUUUGUUAUAAUUCUUACUUUUGUUAAAGGUACAGGAACCUUCUACAUAUAGCAGGAAGAGGAAAGUUAAAAUCUCUAGGCUGCUGCCACCUAAGAUCUAUUUCUACUGCCUUAUUUUACAGUGACCUGAAACACCAUCAAUAUUUCAAAACCUUUGUUCUGUCCUUGUAAAUGUAUAUUGUAAUUCUGUAUCUUAAUACUAAUGAAGCUUUUUUUUUUUUAAAAAAAAGAGAGAAAUCUUGGAUUUCAGUGCAAAAUAAAUGUAAUCUAUUUUUUUAAAAAGAUAAAA